AUGACAUCUUCAUUUCUCGUCUCUAAGCAUUUUAUCAAAGAGCUCGUGUAUGAGGACGAAUUCAAUUUGACAAAGGAGCAAGAGAGAUGUGUCAUUGUAAUGGCUAACUAUUUCGAUGAUUGGAUGGACCCUGUUGGAGCUAUUAUUGCAAGUAAAAGUACAGAGCCCGAUGAAAAUAGUUAUGGCUGUAGAGUUCCAGUUCUGUUGCUCAAAUAUCGUCAUCUUUGGUUCCGACUUUCAGUAGUGGAGGAUGCUCAGUUGACUCCUUUAUUACGUCUGGGAGAUGGAGCUUGUGCUGGAAUAAUUGCUAUGUUUGCAACAUACACGAUGGACAUGGUUCGAGGAAGACUAACUGUACAGACAGACAAAUCUCCCUAUCAGUAUAGCGGAAUGUUUCACGCUUUGUCAAUUGUGCUUUGUGAGGAAGGUUUUCGUGCUCUGUACAAGGGUUGGCUUCCUUCUGUAAUUGGAGUCGUAAGUUCAGGAACUAUUAUAUCUAUGUAA